AUGAAUUCAACUUCAGAUCUACAAACAAACGAUACUCCUGAUGAUGAUCGAGAAAAACAGACACCCAAUUCCAAAACAACCUCGCAAGCGAUUAUUGUAUUUCCAUUGUCAUAUAAACGGCCAAGCGAUGAUGCUAUCAUCACAGCAUCCACUUCUUCAAGGAGAAAGUUUUACUAUCACAUAGAGACCAAUGUGAGAUGCCGUUCACUGAAAGAAGUAGAAAGGUAUACGUUACAUGGAAUUCGUCCUGGAACCAAAGGAAAGGAAAACGAAGAGGAAAUCAUUGUUGCUGAAAAGAAAGCCAAGGAGACAGAAGAAACGAGCCCGAGUAUUGAAACUCGUGCAGAGGGAUCAGUUGCUGGAAAGAAUAACAAAGGAAAAUCAAAGAUUCACAUGGCGCCGAUGAACAAAAAUGAACAUAAAAUUCUUGUUGAAAAAUUCCUAGCUGAAGCCUGGCAUAAUAUGAAUCACCCCAAUGAUAUCAGGUCUGAGUCUUGGGAAGAAAUGGAAAUGAGGCAGCAAGAAGAGCAGAAAUCAAUGGAGAUGAAACUUGAAGAGGAGCGCGAAGAGAUGAUUCGGAAAUUCCAAGAGGAGCGUGAAGAGUUGGAAAGGAAGUUUGAAAAAGAGAGAGCUCAGCUUCACCUGUGGAUGAAAGGUGAGAUAGACUACAGGAUCCAACUCCAAUUGGAUGCCAUGUUGCCCACUUUUCUAAAGGGAAAAAAUAUUCCUCCACCUUCUGGCGAUUCAGCAGGCGUCUAA